ACCGCAAGAUUAUAAAUGCGACUGCAGUCGGGGGAAGCACGGCGUUUCAUUGCAAGUGCUUGCUUCGUUGACGUUGUAACAGAAGGCAAGAACGCAGUCAUGAGGAAUUUCAUAGCCAUCGCGCUGUUGUGCGCUGUUAUCGGAAUCCAACCUGGACAAGCACAGUGUCCUGCGGAAUUUAUAGAAUUCUUCCCGGAUCCUGCGGUGCCCAUGGGCACCUGCAUUCACUUCGCCAUGGACCGCAAGAGAGACUGGCACGCGGCUAAGGACUACUGCGUGGCCAAGGCCUCAGUCUUGGCCAAGCUAGACCCUGGACAGCUGCAUUACCAAGUCAUUGAUUACAUCCUCGGGAACCAAGCUUGGAGAGACGAAGCAUUUCACAUUGGCUGCACUGAUGAACUUCACGAAGGACAGUGGAUGUGGGUGAUGGAUAAUACUUAUGUGAGCAUGGGGCUUCCUCACUGGCUCCCUGGCCAACCCGACGGAGGCACUGCAGAAAACUACGGCUGCCUCUACUACCCAGACUUCAUGUACAACUCCUGCAGAAAUGACCAGACGAUGUACGCCAUCUGCAUGAUCUAACUUACGCUUCGCUCUAAAAGGAAUAAAUAGAUUAAGUGUU